AUGAUGGACAACCACACACAGCCUAAGCCUUUGAAAACAGUUUCUACGGAAUUUCUUCCAGGAGUUCACAAGCCUAGAGUACAAACUCUAUUCAAACAUGAGGACAGUCCUGUUUAUUUUGAGAGAGAAUUGUCUUUUUUCAGUUCCGUAAAUUUCAUUCUUAACUAUGUUAUUGGAGUGGGGAUAUUUUCAAGUCCUGGACAAAUUUUGGAAGAAUGCGGUUCGGUCGGAAUGAGCGUAGUCAUGUGGUGCUUUUGUGGGGUUAUUUCACUUAUGACUGUCCUGCCGUUUGCUGAGUUGUGCUCAGUAGUUCCGAAGAGUGGAAGUCAAUACAUCUACAUUCACGAAGCAUUUAAAGACUUCCAUCCUUUCUUUGGACAUACACCGAGCUUUAUUUACGUGUGGAUCAACUUUUUGUUCCUUCGUCCCGUCUCCUACGCCAUCCACAGUAUUAUCUCAGCAGAGUAUGUUUGGGCAAUCAUAGCUCCAGCGGUCAGCGAAGACUUUGAAAUAAACUUUGGUUUUUUAAUUAAAAGUCUGAUAGGAGCAUGUUUGCUUGAACAAGCUGUGGAGUUUGACAUGGGAUUCGAGACUACAACAUUGACUCUAGAAAAGAUGCCAUUUGUGCUGUACACAGGACUGUAUGCGUACGACGGCGCGAUCAUUCUCACUGGUGCGUUGGAGGAAAUAAAGAACCCAGAUAGGACAGUUUUAAGGAGCCUUAUAAUGGGUCUUGGACUGGUUACAGCGUGUUAUCUGUUGCUAAACUUUACUUUUUUGAGCGCCCUCACUCCAGCGGAACUUAUAUCUAGCAAGGCUGUUGCUCAGGAAUUCACUGAUAAGCUGUUUGGCUCCAGAGUGGCAUUUCUUGUUUCUAUUUGUGUGUCUUUGUGUACCGCGGGAGGCAACUUGUCUGGGAUCUUUUAUUCUGCAAGGCUGGGCUAUGCAGCAGCUAAGGAAGGCCACAUGUUACAGAUUCUGUCUUACAUACACAAAACGAGGUUGACUCCCACUCCAGCAGUCAUAUUUCAGGUUAUUCUCUCACUGGUUUUCUUCCUUUUCGGUAAUAGAACUCAAUAUCUAGUCAAUGCAUACUCUUUCGUCCUCUGGCUGUAUUACGGAUUGACCAUGAUAGCGUUGAUGAUUCUGAGAGUAAAAAAACCUGAGGCAAACCGUCCAUACAAGGUACCUCUGGCCAUUCCUUGGUUAGUGCUGGUCAUAUCUUGGAUGCUCGUCUUUGCUUCCAUCAUCACCCGACCGAGCAACACUUAUUUCCCAGCUGUAGUAGGCAUUUCCAUCGGUAUAAUCGUGCAGUACGUUUUUGUCUUCAAAAAGAAUCGGAUCCGUGGAUUAGGAAAUCUCAUGAAAAUUCUCCAGAAGUGGAUGGAUGUGGUUCCUCCUACUCGGCGGUAAAGGAUGAAACCGAACAUUAUUGUGAUUUUGAUUUCAAGCAACCUAUAUUUUUUUCAAAUUAAGAUCUA